AUGGAUCCUUACAGGUACCGUCCGUCGAGCGCUUUCAAUUCUCCGUACUGGACCACAAAUUCUGGAGCUCCGAUUUGGAACAACAACUCCUCUUUGACCGUUGGAUCUAGAGGUCCAAUCCUCCUUGAGGAUUACCAUCUGGUGGAGAAGCUUGCCAAUUUUGACAGGGAGAGGAUUCCAGAGCGUGUUGUCCAUGCUAGGGGAGCCAGUGCAAAGGGUUUCUUUGAGGUUACCCAUGAUAUCUCUAGCCUCACAUGUGCUGAUUUUCUUCGGGCCCCUGGAGUUCAGACACCUGUCAUUGUCCGCUUCUCCACAGUUAUACAUGAGCGUGGCAGCCCUGAAACCCUGAGGGAUCCUCGUGGUUUUGCAGUGAAGUUUUACACCAGAGAGGGUAACUUUGAUCUUGUGGGAAACAAUUUCCCUGUCUUCUUUGUCCGUGAUGGGAUGAAAUUCCCAGACAUGGUGCACGCCCUUAAGCCCAACCCUAAGUCACACAUUCAGGAGAACUGGAGAAUUCUUGACUUCUUCUCCCACCAUCCUGAAAGUUUGCACAUGUUCACCUUCCUCUUUGACGAUUUGGGUGUUCCACAAGAUUAUAGACAUAUGGAAGGUGCUGGUGUUAACACCUACAUGCUGAUCAACAAGGCUGGGAAGGCAUACUAUGUGAAAUUUCAUUGGAAACCUACUUGUGGUGUGAAAUGUUUAUUAGAGGAUGAGGCAAUUAAAGUUGGGGGUGCAAAUCACAGUCAUGCCACUCAGGAUCUAUACGACUCAAUUGCAGCUGGCAACUAUCCCGAGUGGAAACUUUUCAUCCAGAUAAUCGAUCCUGACCAUGAAGACAAGUUUGAUUUUGACCCACUUGAUGUAACCAAGACCUGGCCUGAGGAUAUCCUGCCCUUGCAGCCAGUUGGUCGCUUGGUCUUGAAUAAGAACAUUGAUAACUUCUUUGCUGAAAACGAGCAGCUUGCUUUCUGCCCUGCUAUUGUUGUUCCUGGUAUUUACUAUUCAGAUGACAAGCUGCUCCAGACUCGAAUCUUCUCCUAUGCUGAUACCCAGAGGCACCGUCUUGGACCAAACUAUCUGCAGCUCCCUGUUAAUGCUCCCAAGUGUGCUCAUCACAACAAUCAUCAUGACGGUUUCAUGAAUUUCAUGCACAGGGAUGAGGAGGUCAACUAUUUCCCAUCAAGGUAUGAUCCAGUUCGUCAUGCUGAGAGAUUCCCCAUUCCUCCUGCUGUGUGCAGUGGAGGGCGUGAGAAGUGCGUCAUUGAGAAGGAGAACAACUUCAAGCAACCCGGAGAGAGAUACAGAUCCUGGGCAUCAGACAGGCAAGAACGAUUUGUUCGCCGAUGGGUUGAUGCCUUAUCUGAACCACGUGUCACACACGAGGUUCGCAGCAUCUGGAUCACAUACUGGUCUCAGGCUGAUAAAUCUUUGGGUCAGAAACUAGCUUCUCAUCUCAAUGUGAGACCAAGCAUCUGA